UAGUGAGGCUGUUGCCAUAGAAACGGGCACGCAGGUAGUGAGUGGUGAAGCAGCUGGGGGGGUUGGUUGGCUGGCUGACUGACUGGCUGGUUGUAUGUGAGAAGGUGUUGUAACGGUAGCCUAGCUGGCUGUUGUGGUGGAUGUGGAGAAAGUGAGCGAGGGACAGUGGGGACUGGACUGGGGGACUCGGCAAGAGGAAGAGGGAUCAGAUAAAAGUGACAGAUAUGACGGAGAGGAUCGCAUCUUGCGGAAGCCUUGAUAACGCCUCUCUACUGCUUCAGUAUUGCAACGAUGAUCACCUGUCUGCGGGGAGCGCCAUGGAGGUGGACGACCGCCUGUCGCACCUGGAGCAGCGUCUGCAGCUGCAGGAGGAUGAGAUCCAGCUCCUGAAGGCCGCUCUGGCCGACGCCCUCCGCAGGCUCGGCCUCUGUGAGGACCAGACGCAGUUGGCGCCGCGCAGGCCCGCACCCACCAAAGUACGCCAGCUGUUGCAAGCCUUACCCUCCAAGCCUGUGAGCAAUGGAUAUGGCCAGAAGAGACUUGGGGGGUAUCCUUCCUCGCCCUCUUCACCCAAAAAGGAGGUGCUGAUGUCCAUCAAAAGGAAGAGCAUGUCCACCGAGCGCCUGUCCACGUCUCGGAGGGACCUCUCGGACCCCCGCAGCAGGACCACCUCCUCCAGCAGCUCCUGCGGAGGCAAGAGAGACAGCAAGUCAAAAGAAUGCACACUCAACGCAGAGGAUGGAUACGUGCGCAUGUUCCUGCGUGGUCGCCCAGUCACCAUGCACAUCCCUGAUGACCUGAGGGGCAGUUACAGCAUUGACCAGAAGGUGGCGCUGCCGGACCGUAAACUCAAACUGCAGUGGGUAUAUGGCUACCGGGGCCGAGACUGCCGCUCCAACCUGUACCUGCUGCCCACGGGCGAGAUCGUGUACUUCAACGCCUCCGUGGUGGUGCUGUACAACGUGGAGGAGCAGCAGCAGAGGCACUACCUGGGACACAACGACGACGUCAAAUGCUUGGCCAUCCACCCAGACAUGGUCACCAUUGCAACGGGACAAGUAGCUGGAACUUCGAAAGACGGCAAGGCCCUGGCCCCUCAUGUCCGUGUGUGGGACUCGGUCAGCCUCAACACCCUUCAUGUCAUCGGGAUGGGCGUGUUCGACCGCGCCGUGACCUGCGUGGCCUUCUCCAAAUCGAACGGAGGGGCACACCUGUGUGCUGUGGAUGAUGCCAACGAUCACAUCCUGUCUGUGUGGGACUGGCAGAAGGAGAAGCAGCUGGCCGAAGUCAAGUGCUCCAAUGAUUCCGUGCUGGGAGCAUCCUUCCACCCCAUGGAUGCCAGCCUGAUCGUCACCUGCGGGAAAUCCCACAUCAACAUCUGGACCAUGGAGGGCAACACUCUGACCAAGAGGCAAGGCCUGUUUGAGAAACACGAGAAGCCCAAGUACGUGCUGUGCGUGGCUUUUGCUGAAAAUGGAGACACCAUCACCGGAGACUCGAGCGGCAACAUCUACGUCUGGGCCAAAGGUGGGAACAAGAUCAGUCACGCUGUGUCGGGCGCCCAUGAGGGUGGCAUCUUCGCCCUGUGCGUGCUGAAGGACGGAACGCUGGUGUCGGGCGGAGGGAAAGACCGCCGGGUCGUCCACUGGGACCACGAGUACCAUAAGCAGGCCGAGAUCGAGGUGCCGGAGGCGUUUGGGCCUGUGCGCUCCCUGGCGGAGGGGAAGCAGGAGGAGCUGUUUGUGGGCACAACCCGUAACGCCAUCCUGCAGGGCUCCCUCUCCGGGGCACUCUCGCCCAUCGUACAGGGCCACACUGAUGAGCUGUGGGGUCUGGACGUGCAUCCCAGCAUGGAGCAGUUUGUGACCUGCGGCCAGGACAAGCAGGUCCACCUAUGGGACACCACCUCCCACCAGCCGCUAUGGAGCAAAGCCAUCGAGGAUCCGGCUCGUUCUGCAGGGUUCCAUCCCAGUGGUGCUGUGGUGGCUGUCGGAACCAUGACUGGAAAAUGGGUGGUGCUGGACACUGAGACCAGAGACCUGGUGUCUGUGCACACUGAUGGCAAUGAGAUCAUCUCAAACGUCAAGUACUCACCAGACGGAGCGUACCUGGCGGUGGCGUCCCAUGACAACUUUGUGUACAUCUACUCUGUGACCGACAACGGCAGGAAGUACAGCCGUGUGGGGAAAUGCACUGGACACUCCAGCUUUGUGACCCAUUUGGAUUGGUCCGCCGACAGCCAGUAUAUUGUCACCAACUCAGGAGACUACGAGAUCCUAUUCUGGGAAGCGUCCAGUGGUAAACACAUCACCAGCACCGAUGUUGUACGCAACCUGGAGUGGGCCUCCUCCACCUGCGUGCUGGGCUUCAGCGUGUUCGGCAUCUGGCCGGACGGUGCUGACGGAACUGACCUCAACGCCGUGUGCCGGUCACACGAUGGUGCUCUGCUGGCCUCCGCUGACGACUUCGGCAAAGUGCACUUGUUCUCCAGCCCCUGUUCCCAGCCCAGGGCUCCCAGCCAUCAGUACGGUGGCCACAGCAGCCACGUAACCAACGUUGCCUUUCUCCACGAUGACAGUCACCUCAUCUCUACAGGAGGGAAGGACACGAGUGUCCUGCAGUGGGUGUUAGCCUAGCCUAGCCUAGCCUAGCCUAAUCCUAGCGCUAGCACUGGCAUGGAAACCCCAGGGAAAACCUGAAGUAGAAAUCUGCUGCAUCUUCACUGUAGCCUCCUGCCCAGUAGAGGGCAGCACUGCUGUGCCUAACCCCUCCCCCAUUCACCUGUUAGUCCUCCCAGCCGCCUGUGUAACUGUCUGUGUUCUGCCGAAGAGCCACCAGAGGGAGCACUGGAUCAGGAAGAGAAGCAUGUCCCACAAACUAUUUAAAGGCUAUUUAAAGAACAUAAGGUUUUAAUUGCUGAUCGCUGUUGUGUUGCAUUGGCCGAUAGAGAUAUAUGUGCAGUAUGCAGUAAUAUCAUAGAGUGACCAUGGUAUUAUGGUAUUUUAAUAUUCAGAAGUGAUGAAUGUAGUUGUGGCACCUUACUAGCAUUCCAUAUAGCAGUUGAGCUUAAGCUGUGCUUUGCCUUUUUUGUUUUGUUAAUAAAGUUUCUACUAUGAUCUGA